AUGGCUGUGAGUUUCAAGUGGCCAUGGCAGGAUUGCUUCCCAACCUUCCUUACGUUACAGCCGAAUGUGGACACUCGGGUGAAGCAGCUGGCUGCCUGGUGCUCUCUGGUCCUGUCCAUCUGUCGCCUGCACAAACAGUACAGUGUGACCGUGAUGGAAGCUCAGGAGAGCCUGCUCUUCAACAAUGUGAAGCUACAGUGGAAGCUCCCUGUGGAAUCAAUCCAGAUUAUAGUGGAGGAACUGAGGAAGAAAGGGAAUGUUGAAUGGUUAGAUAAGAACAAGUCUAGCUUCCUGAUCAUGUGUCAAGAAGCCAGAAGAAUGGGGGAAACUCAUCCAAUGGGGGUUACUCAGUGGGUUUCCAGGAGUGGCCAGAACAACUCCGUGUUCACACUGUAUGAACUGACCAAUGGGGAAGACACAGAGGGUGAGGAGUUACAUGGGUUGGACGAGACGACCCCACUGCGGGCUCUGCGGGCCCGACAGCAGGAGAACAAGGCAGAGAUUAUCUCCAUCAGCGAUGGCCAAGGUGUCAAGUUCUUCUAG